CCAACCUCAAGCGAAUAAAUGGAAAACAUAAAUCCGAAAUCCUUGCCAUGAGCAUGUUUUGUUGUAUAAUGUGUGAUCUUAUCGAGAAAAGGGCGAAAAAACGCUUUCCAUCUGUUGGCGUCACAACGUAUUUAUCUAAUGCUGAUUGUAAAAGGCAAACAAAGCACAAGCAGAGUAAAAAAAACACAUCUAGCUACAGACGUCACCAAAUUUGUCGCCGAUGUAAGGGUCGUACAUUGUCGGUCGCUUAAACGAGCGUGCGCAUUGAAUCAUCAUCACAUUCUCCAAGCUUUUUUUUAUUCUAUUCAAAGCAUUCUUAUACCCACAACAAGUCAACUAAUAUAGGGGCGCUUAUAUGAGAUCGGCAUUGUGUCGUUAGCCACAAGUGUACGUGCAUCGUGCACACGUCAAAUGAAUCGCUUCCACCAAGCAUAUUUUCCAACCCACGUAAAAGCGGAGAAAUGCGAAUUGCGUAUGAAAUGCCAUCGGAUGAAAGAAAAAAUAUCGAUUUCGGUUUCGAAGAGCACAGCGCCUCCAGUUCUUAGCUAUUGCCCAUUGAGUACACAACACAUUUUCGACGACGACUACACCACAUACUAUAUUUAUAUCCAUUUGCUCUGGUGCUGUGUAAUUUUCACUUGGUUUUUCUUUUCUACAUUUUCCACAUCUAGUGCGUAUGUUUUGUGUGUGCCCUUUUUGUCCGUUUUUUUAAGUCGCAUCGCAUCAAAUUUCGUUCAGAAAGUAUUUUUACCAAAUUUUUUUCCUCGUUCAUAAUUUGGUGUCUGUUUUUUAUUCGGUUAUAGUGGGAAAAAAGAUUAAACAAAAGAAAAAAGAAUUUAAAAAAAGCAAUUAAUUCAUGUGUAUAGACUGUGAAAUGUACUAAUCUCGCGAAUGAACUCUGAAGUGGCUGCUGAAUGGUUGUGUGUGACAUCGAACCGAAAUGAUUAAAAGGACAUCAAGGUUGGACGGAAUAUGGCAAUCGAAUGAACUCUGGAAACCUUUUGCUUUGCUCCUUUUGCUAGCCAGUAGUUGUAGCCGCACUUUCUUCACUGAAGCUUCAAGACAAGGAAAUAUUGGAUGCUUGUAUGUCAACGAGCUUUGUCUUCAGGGAAUCGAGUAUUGUUUCGAUGACGAUGUAAUUGGGAAAUGCAUUAACGGCGAUGAAAAUGAUAUCCACCUAGCUCAAAAAGAAUACCUCGAUCCAUCAGCUCAGACAGAGUUUUCCGAUGUUUUUCGUGACGUACAUUCAAUUGUAAAUCGUCAUUCAUUGCCAUGGGAUCACGAGUACGUACAAUGUCGUCUUCAGAAUUCAUUGUUUGCCAUCAGCCAAAAAUUGCCUUAUUCAUCGGCAAUUUGCUGGGAAAAAAUCCCCGAACGGAUCACAAAUGUGAAUGCUGAUGCAUUCGAGGCCGCUUUGGAAGAGGCCGAACAAAUUGCUGAACAACAGGCAAAAGAUGCAUUGGACGAAGAUGCCUCGAUCCAGUAUUCACCGCGCGAUAACAACUUUGCUGAUGAAAUUUACUAUCCACCGAUGAAACGAAGACCGGAUUUGGUUGAAUUGGAUGUUGAAGAGCAAAGAGCACCUUAUGACCAUCGCAAUCAUUAUGAGACCCAAGAGGAGGAAAAAGAGCUAAAAACUCGAAUGGACGAUUUGAAAAAUCGCAUCGAACUGAGGCGCAUGCUGUCGGAAUAUAUGUCGGGCUCCCUUAAACCACCGAUUUUCUACAAGGAUGGAAUCGCCGCUCCAGACGAUGUCGCUCAAAAUGAUGAUGUAGAUGUCAUUGAGAGUUUGUUCGAAGACCCACAACCGCAAGCCAAACGCAUUGUAUUACCAUCGCAGAACAAUGACAUUUAUCCAUUGAGCGAAGAUUAUGAUAAUUUCCCAUUGACAAGCCUUUUCCGUGAACAUCAACGAGAAAAUAUUGAGGAUUUGGCCGAAUUAGGUGAAUUGGAAGAAUUCGACCCAAGGAAUAAUGAUCCAAAUGAAUAUCACCACAGGAAAAUUCUUGAAACGAAUCGACCGAAAGAACAGUCGGCCGUGUACACAGAAGGUGGUUUGGUCUAUGGACCAAGUACACAUGGGUCAUCUUCGCAACAUCGGAAACAUAAUCAAGGUUUCAAAAGCCUUCUGGAAGAGAUGUCAAGUUCAGGUUUCACACGACACGAGCGAUUGGAUGUGAAAAAGCCGGGUCCUCCCGUUGAUAUUCCCAUCGAAGGUCAUCCGGCAAUCAAUUCAAGUGCACAAGUAUCGCACGAAAAAGACGCGAAUAAAGAUGGUCCUCUACCCAAAAUCAAGAAAGUUUUGCAUUUAGAUGGCGAUGACGACCAUGCUCCACACUCGGUUGACACACAAUUUGCUCAUGUCAUCCUCAAGACACCCAUGGAUACAUGGCAUGAUGGAAGUCGCGUAAUAUCUGCAAUUGCCGACUUGCUGAACAUGAAAGAUUUACUUACCUCAAUUCGAGUUGAUCGUCACGAGAUUGCAUUCCGUGUAGAGAACAAUCCAAAUAAGACGGCAUUAGAUGUGGCUCGUGCUAUCAACGAUGGACGUUUCAAGAACAAUUUGUCACGUCGCUUAGGUGUAACUGUGUUGCGGGCCGGUGUUGGAAAUAAGACUAAGGAGCUUGGUUCGGACGUUUCAUCCACCUAUUUGCAAGAUCAUGGGGAACGUGAUAAUCUGUCAUACAUGAUGCCAUUCAUGCUCGCCGCUGCUGCAGCUGCUGCCUGUAUUAUCAUAAUCAUUACAGUCUUCUUGGUUAGAGGUCACGACAAAACAAAGUACAAAUUGGGCGAUUUACAAAGCAGCUUCUCCAAUCCAGCGGAAAAAGACUAUCAAGAUCUAUGCAGAGCACGAAUGACAACUAAAGGUGGUGGCGGCAAUACGCCAGCCGAACGUGUCAUUAUGACCGGCACGCAAAACGAACGACCACCAUCAUCACGGUCAAGUACAUCGUCAUGGAGCGAAGAACCAGCACUUACGAAUAUGGACAUCUCUACGGGCCACAUGGUUUUGUCAUACAUGGAAGAUCAUCUUAGGAAUAAAGGGCGUUUGCAACGAGAAUGGGAGGUACUAUGCCGAUAUGAAGCCGAACCAAGUGCUCGUGAUGCUGCUUUGCAGUCGCAGUGCGCACAACUGAAUCGACCCGAUGCACCUCUCCCAUAUGAUCACUCACGAGUCGUUCUUAAUCAUUUGGUCAACGCCGAAGGUUUGGACUACAUCAAUGCAUCGACUAUUACGGAUCAUGAUCCACGUGCACCAGCUUAUGUGGCUGCCCAAGGGCCAUUACCAGCAACCAUUUCACACUUCUGGCAAAUGAUUUGGGAACAAGGAGCCGUUGUGAUCGUGACUCUUUGCCGUUUGCAGGAAAACAACGAAAGUGCAUGCGCUCGAUAUUGGCCAGAGGAGGGCAGUGAAGUGUAUCAUAUGUACGAGGUGCAUUUAGUGAGCGAGCAUAUCUGGUGUGAUGACUAUUUGGUUCGGUCAUUCUACUUGAAAAAUCUACGCACUGGAGAAACACGCACCGUGACACAGUUCCACUUCUUGUCAUGGCCACAAAAUGGUAUUCCAACGUCAGCCAAAGCACUGCUCGAUUUCCGCCGCAAGGUAAACAAAUCAUAUCGUGGCCGAUCAUGUCCAAUUGUGGUUCACAGCAGUGCUGGCGCCGGCAGAACAGGUGCCUACAUUCUAUUGGAUUUGGUGUUGGGCCGCAUGAGUAAGGGAGCCCGUGAAAUUGACAUUGCCGCCACAUUGGAGCAUCUAAGAGAUCAACGGGCCGGAUUGGUCGCUACACGCCAACAAUUCGAGUUUGUUUUGAUGGCUGUCGCUGAAGAGGUACAUGCUAUCCUAAAAGCAUUACCACAAAACACGCAGAGCGAAAAACGCGAACUGGACAUAGAGACCGUCAAGGAGCAGGAAGAUGAGAAUGCACAAAAACCAUCGAAAGAUGCAACUGAUGCUAAGGAACAAAGCAAAAAGUAAGCAGGGAAAUGAAUGGGACAAAACAAAACUAAAUCAAUAACAAUGCAAUUGCAUAAAUCAAAUUCAAGUAAAAAAAACAGAGAAGAAGAAGAAAAAAAUGUGUAGAUGUUUUAAAACAAACUAGAAACUGAUCAUUGCUUUCGAAUCCAGUGAAAAUAUUAUAUAUAUAUAUUAUUAUAUAUAUAUAUAUAUAUAUAUAUAUUUGAAGCAGAUCGAAUAUCUCACAAAGGCUAAACCUUAAACCAAACAAUUAAACCAUACGACUUCUGAUAAUAAAUUGAAUUAAAAAAAAAACAAAAUUAUAAAUGUGAAUGUAUAUCUGUCGCUGCAACUUGAUCAUCAUCAUAUUAUUUAUCAAAUGAAAAGAAAAGAAGAAACAAACAAUUUCUGACACAUAAAUCCAUACAUAUAUAUUUUGAGAAAUUAAAUACAAACCCAACCCAUCAAAAAAAAUUGAAUUAAAUCAUACUUAUUUAUUAUAUGCACACAAAGUUAUAAAUAAAAAUAUUUAAAAAAAAGUGAGAAAAAAAAAUAUUUAAAAAAAAAUAAGAAUAUAUUAUCUCAGCUCAGCAAAGAUUUAUUAUUAUACAUAAAGGAAUAUCUAAAUAUAAAUGUCGUUUAUUGCAAAAAUAAAAGUAAUUUUUUUUAUUUUUCGAUCUUCGUCUCAAAAACUAAAUCAACUACAUCUACAACAACAACAAAAAAACUAAUACCGAAACACAUCACAAAGAAAAACACAUACAAAUGAAAUUCCUAAUAAAUAUAUACAUAUAUUUUUAGUCAUAUUUACUAAAUAGUGCAAACAAAAAUUGAGGGAGAUGAUGGCAUUAUGCAAUUUCAAAAAGAUAAGAUGAACUGAAGUGAAUUUACACACAGAAUAAACAAAAAAAAACAAGAAAAAUCUCUCAUUCCACUCUCUCAUUCAAUGAAAUACAAAUUACACACACAUUUGAUUUGUUUAUUUUUUUAACAAAAUGAAUACAACUAUGGAUAAUGAUAAUAUUUUUUCUGCCAACUACACUGCAAAUGACUAAACCAAUUAAUGAAAAAAACAACUCUAUUCUAUGUAAAUGUAAAAUGUAUUGUCGUCAAUUUUGGAGUUGGCUUGAAAUAAAGACGAUCUAAACUGAGAUGCCACAAUCUCCAAUAAA